AUGUUCGAUUCGGCCCAGCUUCGCUCUACCAACCCAGUGAACAGCAAAACUUCCAGGUCUUUGCUGCACUCCGACUUCUCCAACGUCUCACCUACCACUGCGGGCAAACUAAACAUCACUCGAGAUUGGGUCCAAGACGGCGCUGACCUGGUCCUGCAAGCCACUAUAUCGAUGACCAAGGGGGCAAAGGCAGUUGAGCCUGGUUCUUUUGGAUUCCCUAUCGAAUUUAACAAGAUCUUCACGAGUCGUACUGCAGAUCAAGUCACGGCAGAAUGUAGCUUGGUCAACCCAUACAUUGGUCUCGGGGCUGGCUAUCUUCAAGUCGCACGCUUGGGUGGAAAUGUACCGGACAUGGUGGUGACACCCAGUAAUUUCGGCAUCAAGUUCGAAGCCUGGCGCUUCCUCGCCGAGUUCAAUGGCGCACCAUACUACUACCAGUCCACUGGGUUUAAGGGUUUAUACUCGUAG